AUGGUGACGUCGGCACCAGUACCUCGCCCCUCAACCUCCAGCACCAGUACCUCGCCCUCAACCUCCAGCAGCAGUACCUCGCCCCUCAACCUCCAGCAACCUCCAGCAGUACCUCGCCCCUCAACCUCCAGCAGCACCUCGCCCCUCAACCUCCAGCAGCAGUACCUCGCCCCUCAACCUCCAGCAGCAGUACCUCGCCCCUCAACCUCCAGCACCAGUACCUCGCCCCUCAACCUCCAGCAGCAGUACCUCGCCCUCAACCUCCAGCACCAGUACCUCGCCCUCAACCUCCAGCAGCAGUACCUCGCCCCUCAACCUCCAGCAGCAGUACCUCGCCCUCAACCUCCAGCAGCAGUACCUCGCCCCUCAACCUCCAGCAGCAGUACCUCGCCCUCAACCUCCAGCAGCAGUACCUCGCCCCUCAACCUCCAGCAGUACCUCGCCCCUCAACCUGCUACACCCCUCAACCUCCAGCAGCAGUGCCUCGCCCCUCAGCCUCCAGCAGCAGUACCUCGGCCUCCAGCACCAGCAGCAGUACCUCGCCCUCAACCUCCAGUACCUCGCCCCUCAACCUCCAGCAGCAGUACCUCGCCCUCAACCUCCAGCACCAGUACCUCGCCCCUCAACCUCCAGCACCAGUACCUCGCCCUCAACCUCCAGCAGCAGUACCUCGCCCCUCAACCUCCAGCAGCAGUACUCGCCCUCAACCUCCAACAGCCCAGCAGUACCUCGCCCCUCAACCUCCAGCAGCAGUACCUCGCCCUCAACCUCCAGCAGCAGUACCUCGCCUCAACCUCCAACAGCAGUACCUCGCCCUCAACCUCCAGCAGCACAACCUCCAGCAGCAGUACCUCGCCCCUCAACCUCCAGCAGCAGUACCUCGCCCCUCAACCUCCAGCAACAGUACCUCGCCCUCAACCUCCAGCAGCAGUACCUCGCCCCUCAACCUCCAGCAGCAGUACCUCGCCCUCAACCUCCAGCAGCCCUCGCAACCUCCAGCAACAGUACAGUACCUCGCCCCUCAACCUCCAGCAACAGUACCUCGCCCCUCAACCUCCAGCAGUACCUCGCCCCUCAACCUCCAACAGCAGUACCUCGCCCCUCAACCUCCAGCAACAGUACCUCGCCCCUCAACCUCCAGCAGCAGUACCACCUCUCCUUCAACCUCCUACACCCCUGCACCUCUCCCAUUAA